CCUUUGGGUUUGGGGCGGUUAGGCUGUUGUAAUCAGCUGUUUAUAAGGCUCCGUGACGCUCACACCGCCUAUGCCUACAAGCAGAGCUAUCUGUCAGAUGAGAUGGUAAUGGUAGAAUGAUUCUUGAUCUGGUCUUUCAGGCAAAAAUGGCACAAACCCAUUUCACAGCUGCUGCUUUUCUGGUUCUGGUGUUCAUUUCAAGCUCAGUUCUAAUGGCAGAGUCAGGGAUAGGAGUGAACUGGGGAACAUUGUCAUUGCACAAGCUGUCACCCUCCACGGUGGUGGAUCUCUUCAAACAGAACAAGAUAGAGAAGGUGAAGCUGUUUGAUGCAGACCCAUAUUGCCUAAAUGCUUUGAGGGGGAGUGGAAUUCAGGUCAUGGUUGGGAUCCCAAAUGAGAUGUUGUCUGUUUUUAGUUCUUCUACUGAUGCUUGUGACUUGUGGGUUAGUCAGAAUCUAUCCAGAUAUAUGGGUAAAGGUGGUGUGGAUAUCAGGUAUGUUGCAGUUGGAAAUGAGCCCUUCCUCACUAGUUACUCGGGGCAAUUCCAGUCCUAUGUCGUCCCUGCUCUGCUCAAUCUACAACAGUCCUUGGCCAAAGCAAAUGUUGCAAACUUUGUAAAACUAGUGGUCCCUUGUAACGCUGAUGCCUAUGAGUCUUCUCUUCCUUCUCAAGGAGCCUUCCGAUCUGAACUGACUCAAAUUAUGACUCAAAUCGUUUCUUUCCUCAACACGAACGGUUCCCCAUUUGUCGUCAAUAUCUACCCGUUUCUGAGCCUCUAUGGGAACUCAGAUUUCCCACAAGAUUAUGCAUUCUUUGGGGGGACAAACCACGCUGUUACAGAUGGGGCAAAUGUUUACUACAAUGCAUUUGAUGGAAAUUUUGACACCUUAGUUGCUGCCCUCAAUAAACUCGGGUAUGGUCAGAUGCCCAUAGUAAUCGGGGAGGUGGGUUGGCCUACUGAUGGAGCCAUCAGUGCAAACCUCACUGCUGCAAAGGCUUUCAACCAAGGCCUCAUAAACCAUGUCCUAAGUAACAAAGGAACCCCCCUCAGACCAGGUGUUCCCCCCAUGGAUAUUUACCUUUUCAGUCUACUUGAUGAAGAGGCAAAGAGCAUACUUCCAGGGACCUUUGAGAGGCACUGGGGGAUUUUCUCCUUUGACGGCCAGGCUAAGUAUCCAUUAAACCUUGGUUUAGGCAAUGGGUUAUUGAAGAAUGCAAGGGAUGUUGAGUAUCUCCCAUCUAGGUGGUGUGUGGCAAACCCAUCCAGGGAUCUGUCUGGAGUGGCAAACCAUAUGAAAAUUGCUUGCAGCAGUGCAGACUGUACAACACUCAAUUAUGGAGGAUCAUGCAAUGAAAUUGGGGCAAAGGGAAAUAUCUCGUAUGCAUUCAACAGCUACUAUCAAGUAAAAAAGCAGAAUUCACAGAGCUGUGACUUUGAUGGGCUUGGGAUUGUCACUUUCCUGGACCCUUCAGUUGGGGAUUGUAGGUUUCUCGUUGGGAUCACAGACAGUAGUUCUUCAAAUGUUGAAGCAUCUGGUGGACAGGUCAAUUUUUGGAUUUUGAUUUUAUGGGGCUUCUGGAUUUAUAUACUGUGAAAGGCAGUUUCUUUAGCGGGUUUUUCACGGUCCCCUCUUCUGAAACUCACAGGUUACAUAGAUGAAGGAAUACUAUAGUUAUUUAGAAAUAUUCGAAAUCAGAUAUUCAAAUUUAUUUUAGGCUGUAGUAGGAAGUUAUAUGAUUAUAUCAGAAACAGAGUAUAACCUUAUGUACUGAAUUGCCCAUUUGCAAUCUAUAUUCCACUUAUCUUUGUCUUCAUAUUAC